GUCAACACUAUACAGGGCGUAUUAGACAAGUUGUCAAAUAUUGAUGGCCACAGGCCAGUAGAAAGGCAGGAAGUUCAAGCCCUGUCAAACAGCCUUGCUCUGAGAGCACAGUAACCGCAGUCAAGCUCCACCCUUCAGUAGUACAGCAACCUUGAAACUUCAUUCUUAAAAAAGGGACUGGGUUGGAUGAUUUUGGUCUCUACAACAGUUACCUCCAUUGUACACACAAUUUCUUUUGUACACACGUUUCUAAAUCCAGCAAGUGUAUGCCCAGCUGCUUCUUGAGUUUUACCAGAGCCACGGGGAGGUGUGCAGGCUAACACAGCUGGGCAGGCCCUGACAAGCAGGAUUGGGCCUCUCCUCUGGCAGUUUCAUAUUCUCAGUGAUUGCACAUCCUCUCUUACCCGCUGUUGCUCUAUGCAGACCAGAUGGAUUCCAGUAUUCAUACACUACAGAGGUGCCUGGAGAACAUUUGCAAGGUGAUCAGAAAGGCUAAUGAUGUGCUGUGUGGAAUCAGCCAUCCCUCUGUCUGCAGUGAGGUGCUGCUCUCCGAUCAAGGGAAGUCCUACAUCUCAGGUGUAGUUGAGGUUUACAAAGUGUCUAAGAGAGUGGAAGGAGGCAUGAGAACCCAUGGCUUCGUAAACGAAGCUCUCCAACGCAGCGUCAAGGACAUUGAGUUACUGUGGAAUAAUCUACAGGCGUUCCUAACAUUCAGCCCCGCUGUAUUACAAACGCUGCCCACUGAAGCCUAUCUAAACGGGCUGGUUGAUGUACCUCAGCCCGAUCUCCAAUAUGAAUGCUGUGGGGUUUGUCAAUCACAAGUGUCCAUGGAAACAGAGGUUGCUUCAGACAAAGACAUCCUGAGCUACAAUGAAUGCCGCUACCAUACAAGCUGUGCCAACUUCUGGUUGAAUUGUGUAGAUCUAAACCUGCCAUUCACCCCAGCACAGAAACAGGGUUGAGUCAUGUAUUAUUGUAAAUGAUGUAUAUUAUUAUUUGUUGUGAAUAUCCAGUUUCUUAAUUGCUGCCCAACCAGUGCCAACAAAUAUCCAGUGACAAACAGAACGAAAUGAUUGUAACUACAGUGAAACCCACUUAAUAUCACUCUUGUUAAUGUCACUCUCCUCUUAUUAAUCACCACGCUAACAUAUCUGUAUUUAAAUGUCCCAAAUAUAAAUUAUAAUGGCACAGUGCAGUAUACAGGACACUGCAAUGUGUAUGUUAAAGACUUCUUUAGUUUUUACAUGUACAGUAGACUAUUAUAAAAAGUUUUUGACAUGUAUGUAAUGUAUGCACACUAUUGUAAUCAAUGCAAUAUUUGUUGUUUUAACACUUCUGUGUUUUAAUGCUUAUAUGUUAGCAGUAGAUUUUGCAGCCUGGAAAACAGUAAGCAACCACUUAGUUCAGGUGACCUUAAAUACAGAUUUUACUGUAUUAUCAGUCUUUAUCCAUCAAUCUUUAUUUUAUAUAGUGCCUUUCAUAGUGGACCACCAUCACACAGCGCUUUACAAGAUGCAGAUUUUUUCUUUAAAAACAUUAAUGGUGGGAAUUCCUGGUUAAAAUGUUUAAGAAUUUUGAUAAGUUCAAUAAAAAAAAAGGUUA